AUGGCGGCGCUCCUGGAGCUGUUCCUGGGCUCCUCGUCCGCGCCGGUGGACUGGGAGGCAGAGGCCUACCCAGCGUACGGGGACUUCGCCGUGCUCCCCUUACUCGUCGCCUUCUUCCCCGCCGUCCGGUUCCUCCUCGACCGACUCGUCUUCGAGGUUUUAGCACGAAAACUUAUAUUUGGAAAGGGACAUGACAAGCUUGCUGAAACAGAUGAUAGUAGAAAGAAAAUCAAUAAAUUUAAGGAAUCAGCAUGGAAGUUUGUUUAUUUUCUUUCUGGUGAACUGCUUUCACUAUCUGUAACAUACAAUGAGCCAUGGUUUAAGAACACCAGAUACUUUUGGAUAGGCCCUGGUGACCAGAUCUGGCCUGAUCAAAUGAUAAAACUGAAGCUCAAAGCUGUCUACAUGUAUGCUGCUGGAUUUUACACAUAUUCAAUUUUCGCUCUCCUGUUCUGGGAAACAAGACGUUCGGACUUUGGAGUAUCAAUGUCCCACCAUAUAGCAACUGUUGUUCUGAUUGUUCUUUCCUACAUUUUCAGAUUCGCUCGUGUUGGCUCUGUUGUUCUAGCCCUUCAUGAUGCAAGUGAUAUAUUCCUAGAGAUUGGGAAGAUGGCCAAGUACAGUAGCUGCGAGUGGCUAGCAGUUGUAGCAUUUCUUCUUUUUGUGGCAUCGUGGAUACUUCUUCGGCUUGUUAUAUUCCCUUUCUGGAUCCUAAGAAGCACAAGUUAUGAAGUAAUGCUGACCCUGGACAAGGAGAAGCACCGAUUUUACGGCCCCAUAUACUACUAUGUUUUCAACUGUCUUCUGUUCUCACUCCUAGUUCUUCACAUAUAUUGGUGGGUACUGAUAUGGCGGAUGCUAGUUAAACAGAUUCAAUCGAAAGGGCAUGUUGGUGAUGAUGUUCGAUCGGAAGCUUAUGGAAAUGGAAGUCCUGGGAAGAAGUUCCCAACAAGAAUGUAA